AUGUUCGAGGAAAAAUUCGCCAUCGGAGUGGCUUCCGCCUGUUCUACUCUGGCAAUUGCCGCCUGCCUAAUCGUAGUGACAUCUCUCUACAACACUAUCAACGAGAUCCACGAUGAGGUCUUGGAAGGAGUAUCUGUGUUCCGCGUCGAGACUGAUUCCGCCUGGUCCCAGAUGAUGAACUUCCAAGUGACGGUCGUUCCUCCAGGCAAGCCUCGUGAGAACCCUUUCAGCUCCAUCUUCCGUAGUAAGAGGCAAGCCAACCUGCCUUCUUACUGCCAGUGCACGCCUUUGCCAGUGAAUUGCCCGCCUGGUCCGCCUGGACCUCCUGGACUACCUGGACCUCCUGGUAAGCCAGGAGCACCUGGUCUUCCCGGCAACGACAACAAUGUCACUUACGCUCCUAUCAUUUGUCCCGCUCAGUAUCCCGAAUGUGUCACAUGUCCACCUGGACCAGCAGGACCACCCGGUCCCGAUGGAGUUUCUGGAAUCCCCGGACCUGAUGGAAAACCAGGUCAAUGUGGAUCUCCUGGGGAGGAUGGACAACCAGGGCUCCCUGGACCUCCCGGAGAUUCAGGGUCACCUGGUCAACCAGGGAAAGAUGGACAUCAUGGAAAGCCUGGUGAGGACGGCACAACAUCAACCCCCAUUCCUGGCGGACCUGGUCCUUGCGGACCACCGGGCCCACCCGGAAAACCUGGUGAACCAGGAGAAGAUGGGUGUCCAGGUAAGGAUGGAGCACCUGGACUAGUCGGUCAUAAGGGAGCACCCGGGGAGCCUGGGCAUGAUGGAAAGCCAGGACACUCGGGAAGACCUGGACCUCCUGGGCGUGAUGCAAUUUACUGCCCAUGUCCACCCCGCUAUACAGUGCCGGUGACACGAAACUGA